AUGUCUUCCCGACUACGGCAACGCUCGUCCGCAAACACAGCGACUGAGGCGGGGGGGUCGUCUUCUAGGUUACCGUUGCGUUCAUCAAACGACCGUGCAACACGACAUGCAUCCCUACGAACUUAUGCGGAAGUCAGCGAGAGCGAGGAAGAGGAGGAGUACUACGAGGAGGACGAGCAUGAACACGAGCGCGAACAAGAUUCCGAUGACUCUGACGAGUCCUUGGCAGACAGUGACAGUGACGAUGGCGAGGGCGAACCUGGCGACAGGAAUUUUACGGCCCGGCUGCCGUCGAAACGUCAACGCUUAGACGAUGUGUCCACCCCCGACAACAGCCCCUCGAAACGCCGACGCCAACCACAGCGCAGGGCAACAGCUGAAUUUCUCGUUGGAGACGAUGCCUACCUCUCGCCGUCUUCCGAUGGGGCACCGCGGAGACGACAGAAGCCGCGCACGGUAGCUUCAUCUUCGUCCGCUCCUGCACAUUCUGCAGCACCUACGGCGUCUACGCCCUCCCCACGACGAAGUAGACGAGAUGCACAUGAUGCCAACAGGAAAAAUCGCGGCGGAAAGUCGACACCAACGAAGUCAGGAAAGCAGGUCGUGAUUCAUAUCGAUGAUAAGAAGAGCGCGGGUGGAAAAGGUGACGGUGUUCGCACACCAACCAUGCGGGCUUUAUCGCCGCCACGCACCAACAGGCCACCAUGGUCCACGCUGCCAUACUUGGUUUUAUCGAGCAUAUUUUCCUAUGGCGCUGCGCCGCUCGACAACAUUACGUCGGUGCGAUGGCUUUUGGCUGCUAGUCGUACAUGCCGAGGGUUCACAGAGCCCGCUCUGCGAGCCCUGUACGAAAGCCCACCAAUGCUCACGAUGAAUAUGGCGCACAACUUGGUCGACCAUUUGGCCAAAGACCCGUCUACGACGCUUUUUGACUACCGUCAAAAAGUGAAGGCGCUCAAAAUCGAUGUUGGGUCGUUGGCGAGCCGCGUUUACAAGGGUCGCCAUCUGGACAUUCCGCGCCUGGUUUCCUACUGCCCUCGCCUGGUCGACCUCGACCUAUACCACUACAAAGACAUGCCUCCGUAUAGAGAGCAAACAGAGAACCUGCGUUGGACCUACCCUGAUGGUCUUUUUGAGGCACUCGGCGCAGUUCAGCCUGCUAUGACCAAUACCACUGUGGAUAGCAGCGGACAUGGCGACCCACAGGAAGAAGGCAGCAGUGCGAGUAUGGCCCCUCUUGCCCAGGCUGCCGUUCCCACCGCUAUUAGGUUGAAGAGCUGGCGGUGGAACCAGCGCCUUAUGGGUCGUGACCUCGAUUUGGACCGUGUGCGGACACUGCACUUGUCGCCAACUUUUGCGGGGUUGUGCAAGAUUAGCCUCGUCAACUACCAACGGCCGUCCCUGAAUGCGAGGAAUGCCGAGGACCCGGAAGUCAUUGAGGCAGAUCGGCAACAGGCAGUGGACUUUGCGGGAUUGCUCAAUGCGCUGCCCAACCUGACCCACCUUGCUGUGGAGUCAUCGACGGCAGCGAACGACUUAAUCCUCCCGCUGCUUCCCAAGACUCUGCAGCAUCUCGAGCUCGUCAACUGCUGGGACGUGACGGCGGAUCAAUUUGCCGAGUACCUGGUGACACACGGCCAGGAGCUACGACAGCUGACGCUGCACUACAACCAGUCGCUCAGCCUGUCUUUUUUGUCGGUUCUGGGCACUGCAUGCCCGCAGCUGCAGGCGCUGCGUAUGAACCUGACGUACUACAGUCACCAUGCAUUUUACAACGACUCGAAUCCGAUGUAUGACACCCUGCUGACGGCUGACGAAGUACCGGCCUGGCCGGCUAGCAUUGAAGUGAUUGAACUUGAGCAUUUGCGGAAAUGGGAACCUGCUGCGGCCGAGGUCUUCUUCCAGUCGCUCGUUGAUAGUGCACCACACGUACCACAGCUGCGUGUCCUUGCCAUCAAGGCCAUGUUGGAUAUCCCCUGGAGACAGCGAUGUGAGAUGCGAGACCGGUGGGAGGCGACACUGGAUCGUGUGUUCAAGCGACGUACGACUGCGCCAGAGCCGGCCAGCUCACUGGCGUAUUAUACCAAGCCGCAGAAGCAUGUAUCGCCACGGUCCAAGGCGAAGGCACGGCAUAGCGAUGCGGAGCCGUCGCGGCGCAGCCACCGGAUUGCCACUCAUGUGUCCAACCCGUCGUCGCGUGCCAGUAGCACAACACGGGGCCUGCGCCACAUGGCACCAACCGGCAGAAUGUCAUACCGCGAGCCGGACACGGACGAGGACAUUCCGUCAAGCGAUGAAGACGAUGAAGACAAGGAUGAAAGUGUUGGCAAGCAUACCUGGGAUGAGAAAGGUAAAGGUGUCGAGCAAGCUAGUCGUGAGAAUAGUGACCACGAAACCGACAAGAUGGACAUCAGCGGUGGUGAGGGAUCAUCUUCCGGUCUCAAGCGCACCCGACCCUUUGUACAUGGCAUGUGCGAUGUGGUCGAUAUCCGCAUCGACAACCAGAAGCCCGGCGAGAUUCAAUACCGCAUGGUGGACUUUCUGGACAGUGACGAUUCUAAUUCAGACGACGAGUGGACGGGAGACGGACCCGAGGCCAACGACUACGCGUGGUGA